CCAAUUUACUUGGGCUUUUGUCCGGUGUUUGGUCCAAGCCCAUUGACCCAUUAGGAUUCUCCCUUUUUGUUUUUUGUUUUUUUUUUAUCAGACCUUUCAUUGGGAUCCUUUGACGAACGACAAAACAAACAGAAUUGGGGUAAUAAUAUCCAAUGAAAGAGCGCCACCUGGAAGAGGAGAAGUGGGCUGGUUGCGUAGGAGGAAGAAAAGCGGAGGAGGUAAGGCUUGGAAGGCAAUGCAACAACAAGAAGAGAGAUGGAUUGGAGAUGGAGAGGGUUACAUUUGGGGCUUUUGGGAGGUCAGAGGUGGAACUUUGCAGUGACACUUCCGGUUUCCGACAGCCUGUAAGUGGGACCACGCGGAGGGCGACUGAUACUAUUACCACUCCUCACUCGGCUUACAUUUAGCCGCGCCGUUUAGAUUUUCUCUACAGUUUUUUUUUUAAAUACAAAAUACAUCUUAUGUUGAGUU